GCCGCUCUCAGAUUUCUCUCUGCUCUCUGCCAUUAGUAAACAAUCGUGUCAAGAUGGCAGUUCCUUCGGUUUCUCUCAAUACACGAAAUAAAAAGCUCUUUUUGGGAGUACCAGCACCAUUGGGAUAUGUUGCUGGUGUUGGAAGAGGAGCUACUGGAUUCACGACACGGUCUGAUAUCGGUCCGGCUCGAGAUGCCAAUGAUGUUUCAGAUGACAGACAUGCUCCACCUACGAAACGUACAAAGAAAAAGGAAGAAGAGGAGGAAGAUGAGGAAGACUUGAAUGAUUCCAAUUAUGACGAAUUUUCUGGAUAUGGAGGUUCCCUUUUUAGCAAAGAUCCUUAUGAUAAAGAUGACGAAGAGGCAGAUGCAAUUUACGAAGCUAUUGACAAACGUAUGGAUGAAAAACGUAAAGAAUACAGAGAGAAGCGUCUUAGAGAAGAAUUGGAACGUUAUCGUCAAGAACGUCCCAAGAUCCAACAGCAAUUCUCAGAUCUAAAGAGAGAGCUGGUUAAUGUAACUGAAGAUGAAUGGAGAAAUGUUCCUGAAGUAGGAGAUGCCAGAAAUCGUAAACAGCGUAAUCCAAGAGCAGAGAAAUUUACUCCAUUGCCAGAUUCUGUACUAGCCAGAAAUCUAGGAGGUGAGACAUCCACCAGCAUCGAUCCAUCCAGUGGUUUGGCUUCUAUGAUGCCAGGAGUAGCAACGCCUGGUAUGCUAACUCCUACAGGAGAUCUUGAUUUGCGAAAGAUUGGACAAGCCAGAAACACAUUGAUGAAUGUCAAGUUGAAUCAAGUCUCCGAUUCUGUGGAAGGCCAAACUGUGGUUGAUCCAAAAGGAUAUCUCACAGAUUUGCAAAGCAUGAUACCGACAUACGGAGGUGACAUAAAUGACAUCAAAAAAGCUAGACUAUUAUUAAAAUCUGUCCGAGAAACUAAUCCCAAUCACCCGCCUGCAUGGAUUGCAUCUGCACGUUUGGAAGAAGUAACGGGAAAGGUCCAAGCUGCUAGAAACUUAAUAAUGAAGGGUUGCGAGGUGAAUCCUACCUCCGAGGAUUUAUGGUUGGAAGCUGCAAGACUGCAGCCACCAGACACAGCGAAAGCGGUGAUAGCACAGUCAGUACGACACAUCCCAACGUCUGUCAGGAUCUGGAUAAAAGCAGCGGACUUAGAAACAGAAGUGAAAGCAAAAAGGAGAGUGUUCCGCAAGGCUCUGGAACAUAUACCGAACUCGGUGCGACUGUGGAAAGCAGCGGUUGAAUUGGAGGAGCCCGAAGAUGCACGUAUUUUAUUGAGUCGCGCAGUCGAAUGUUGCCCCACCAGUGUGGAUCUGUGGCUUGCUCUCGCCAGGCUGGAGACUUACGACAAUGCGAGAAAAGUUCUGAAUAAAGCUCGAGAGAACAUACCGACAGACCGACAAAUCUGGACCACCGCUGCGAAAUUGGAAGAAGCGAAUGGCAAUAAGCACAUGGUAGAAAAGAUUAUUGAUCGUGCUAUAACAUCGUUGAGCGCGAACGGAGUAGAAAUCAACCGAGAACAUUGGUUCAAAGAAGCCAUGGAAGCUGAAAAGGCAGGGGCGGUACAUUGUUGUCAAGUUAUUGUUAAAGCCAUUAUCAGUUUUGGAGUGGAGGAAGAAGAUAGGAAACACACUUGGAUGGAAGACGCAGAAGCUUGUGCCCAACAAGGAGCGUUGGAAUGCGCCAGAGCAGUCUAUGCAUAUGCAUUAACAACGUUUCCUAGCAAGAAGUCAAUCUGGUUGCGCGCGGCUUAUUUCGAAAAAACUUAUGGUACACGAGAAUCCCUGGAAGCUUUAUUGCAGAGAGCAGUCGCUCAUUGUCCUAAGAGCGAAAUACUCUGGUUGAUGGGCGCUAAAUCGAAAUGGCUGGCUGGCGACGUGCCGGCAGCCAGAGGCAUCUUAUCCCUCGCGUUUCAAGCUAAUCCAAAUUCUGAGGAGAUUUGGUUGGCGGCAGUGAAGCUAGAGUCUGAAAAUUCAGAGUACGAGAGAGCGCGACGCUUACUGGCAAAAGCUAGAGCAUCCGCUCCGACUCCGAGGGUGAUGAUGAAAAGCGCCAAGUUGGAAUGGGCUCUUAAAAAUCUCGAUGCUGCAUUGCACCUUCUAAAGGAAGCUCUUGAAGCCUUCGAUGAUUUCCCCAAGCUGUGGCUGAUGAAAGGCCAAAUCGAAGAACAACAGGGUAAUGCGGAUAAAGCGUUAGAGACAUAUAAUCAAGCGAUUAAAAAAUGCCCGCAUUCAAUACCUUUAUGGCGUCUAUUGUCGCAAUUGGAGCAUAGGAGGAACCAAGUGACCAAAGCUCGUUCGGUUCUGGAAAAAGCUAGACUGAAAAAUCCUAGGAAUGCGGAAUUAUGGCUGGAGGCCAUACGAAACGAACUAAAAAAUGGUGGUGUGCGUGAUAUGGCAAACACAUUAAUGGCUAAAGCAUUACAAGAAUGUCCUACGUCUGGUCUGCUCUGGGCAGAAGCAAUUUUCAUGGAACCACGACCUCAAAGAAAGACUAAAAGCGUGGAUGCCCUCAAGAAAUGCGAGCACGAUCCUCAUGUUCUUUUAGCAGUAUCAAAAUUGUUUUGGUGUGAGCACAAGAUCUCAAAAUGCAGAGAUUGGUUCAAUCGAACAGUGAAGAUAGACCCGGACUUAGGAGACGCAUGGGCAUACUUUUAUAAAUUUGAAUUGUUAAAUGGUACAGAGGAUCAACAAGAAGAUGUAAAGAAAAAAUGUAUUGCUGCAGAACCUCAUCAUGGUGAAAAUUGGUGCAAAGUCUCCAAGAACAUAGUAAAUUGGUGUCUUAAUACAGAUCAAAUCUUAGUAUUAGUUGCAAGAGAUUUGCCCAUUCCUAUAUAAACUCUAUCAUUAAUUUAUCAGAAUACAAAUAUAAUAAACUUCUUAAUGUAUAAGUAUAUAUUUGUAAAUAAAACUAAAUAUAUCCAG